GCAGACACGAGAGCAUCGUUUACUGAGCGAUGUACGCGACGGCGGUGGUACAGAGUGGUCGGUCAGCAUGGAAAGGUCCGUUCUUCGUAGCAUUCCCUAACAUCCGACUGGCUCUGGAGAACAACGUCCCCAUCAAGACGAAGGCCCGUUCGUGUACCAUCCUGCCGAACUUCGUCGGUCUGAGGUUUCUCGUCCACAACGGGAAGGAUUACCUCCCGGUGAAUGUCACGCAGGACAUGGUGGGGCACAAGCUGGGUGAAUUUUCGCUGACGAGGAAGAGGUUCACUUUCCGUGCCACCAAGAACAAGUAGAGCAUACACUAAUCACGCCAUAUACAUCAUCGUCUCGUCUUGCUGCUAUUUAUCCGUUACGCUGUGCUUGCGGUCUCUGUAAGACCAUGUGAAGUCCCUUAUUCUCCUGUGGAGCCCCAAAACAAGGUCCAGAGAGCCCUUUCUUCGUUGAUUCGUGUGCUGCAAGUCUGCAAUUGCGGUUACAUUUAAUCCCCGAGACUAGUGCUGCUCUCUACCUCGUCAAACUUGAGGCGAAGAACCCUGCAUCCCGAGAUAUGGAGCAUGUCCUCCCAGGUCCUCCCAUGACCGUCAGCACCCUCCUUCGAUGCUUCUUCCAGCGACCUUAUGGUGUCAGAGGCCUAGGCGUUGGCUUGAAGGCUAUCACAAGGGCUAUAACCGUGCGAGCGUUCUCGAGGAGGAUCACCAGCUCAAAUCCCAUGGCUAGAGUGAUAGAUAU